AAGGCAUGUGCUGCACCAUCAUCAUAGUCGUCGCCACCACCGCUAUCAUCAUCAAUAUCACAAGCGCGCGCCUCAGUGCAUGCGCCGGUCAGAAGAAGCCUCGGGUCAGCUGCCAGUACCUGCACUUCGGCCAUUUUGCCUUUCACGAUGCCCAAAGACGACAAGACCCCCGAGGUGUCCAAGUCGCGGAGGAGUGGCAGCCGCAAGAAGUCCCGCAGCGACUCGCACCACAAGGCCGCCGACGAGGCCGAGCACACUGGCACCGAGCGGACCAUGGUGCGGACGCUCGACCACUCUAGCCAGUCGCUGGACAGGACGCUUGACAGGUCUAGGCGCACUCGAUCCUGGACGCAAAAGGUCAAGCGGGCUGAAGAUAGACCGCAGCAGGAAGUCAAGCCCGUCAUCCAGGCAAACGCGGCCGUCCACCGACCAGCCCCUGUCCCGAAAGAAGCUGUGACGUCAACGAGGAGGCCGCCCGUCGGGUCUCGUCCAACAAAAGCCGCAGCACACGAAGAGUCGCGGUCGAAAACCGGAACGAUUGUCACCCAAGGCGGUGUUACAGCCGCGCCAAGCACGCCUGCGGUACGAGGCACUUAUUGAAAGAGAUCCUCAAGGAUGUACGCCAAUCCUAGCAACUGAUACAUCAAAGACAGCGAAGCUCUGUGAGGAAUCCCCUUCGGAAGUCAUAGGGCUCUGUUCUGCCACUGCCUCAAAUCUACCCAAUACUUCUGCAGAAGCUUCGCUGUAUCCCGUUCAAUUACUUCGCCAUACCCUAGCCCUUUUAGAUAUUUCACUAUGUCCGAGUAUAAUACUUCUUUACUCUAUUG